AUGUCCCACAACGCCUCGCUGAUGACCGGUCCGGCUGGCAAUAAGGUCAUCACGGCGGUCACCUACAACUCGGUGAACUCCCUGCCGCCGGCCAGCUCGGCCCCCUACCCGCCGGUCAGCUCGACCCCCUACCCGCCGGCCAGCUCGACCCCCUACCCGCCGGCCAGCUCAGCCCCCUACCCGCCGGCCGGCGGCACACCGCGGCCCGCCUCCGGGGCCUACUACUCCGCCCCCUCCGUGGGCCAGGCCAGCGCCCAGUACGCCAACCCCAUGACCCCCACCUCGUCCAAUGUGUCGCAGGCCAUCGACAUCUCCCGGCAGAUCGAGGCCCAAAAGCGCCAAACCCACCAGCGCAAGUGGAUGGCCACCAUCGGCCUGAUGCUCUUCUUCCUCAUGUGCAUCGGGCUAUGCUUCAUCUUCGUGCCGAUCCCCGGCGGCAAGAAGAUCUACGUCCCGAUGGGGUCACAAGUGCUGCACGACCGCCUCAAUGGCCAGUUCAUCCACUCGCUCUGGCUGCAUGGGAUCGAGCGCCCGGACCAGCAGGAGGUCGAUGGCUACCUCUUCCCGGAGGAGCCGCAGCUCACCACCACCCGGGCAUACAGCCUGACGCACUUCUACCGGCUGCCGGCCUACACCCACCAGGCCUUCGAUGUCUUCCUGGCCGCCGGGUCCCACAUCAACCUCAGCGUCACCAACAACAGCCAGACCUCGGCCGUGGUGUACCUCAUCCGCGGCGAGGCGGCCUACCACCGGUGGGUCACCUCCCGGACCCUGGUCGAGGCCGAGGUCAUCCCGGUCCCCGGCGGCUCGCACAUCACCCAGCGGCUGGCCAUCCCCGAGUCCGACGACUAUUACAUUGUCUUCUACAAUGAGGGCGGCAUCGACAUGGUCAGCUCCGCCGAGAUGAAGGCCGACGUGGUGGCCCGCGUGUAUGACCUGGCCCAGGCCAAGGCCUCCUGCACCGGGCCCCGGUGCUUCAUGCUCCUGGAGUAUGGCACCCGGCCGUACCUGGUCCUGCAGACCCCCCCGCGCCAGGGCGGCGGCUUCACGGUCAAUGUCGACCAGCAGGCCCACGCCUGGGCCUAUGGCCUGCUGUAUGGCAGCCUCAUCGUCGGCAUGGCCGCCUCCGUGCUGGCCAGCCGCGCCUACAUCGUCCACCAGGGCAAGCUCCGGUGUGCCGAGCUCGAUGAACUCCGCCGGCCCCUGAUCGACAGCUCCACCACCGGCGGCGGGCUCCUCGGCCGGACGCACCGGCCCUGA